UGAGGCAUCCGAUCGGCGCGAUAAGCAUUUGAUUCAGGCAGCGCCUGUGGUGAAGGGCCGGCGGGGUGAGCUCCUGAAGGCUGCUGAUUAUGCUGCUCUGAUGACCUUGGAAGCGCAGCACUUGGAGGAGAAAAACACGGAUUAACUGCUCAGCAAACCAUGCAGGAUGAUUUACUGAUGGACAAAAACAAAGCCCAGGCUCAUCAACAGCAAGAUCCAACGCAAGUAGACCCUCCUCCCUCCACCCCGACCCCGUCAUCGGAGCUCACGUCUUCAUCCGAGUCGAAGAGCCCGUCGACCGGGAGCAACCAAGCGGCUUCAGCGCUGAGCAGCAGCAGCAGCAGCAGCAGCAGCAACAAGGACAAAGUGCCGAUGGAGUCGCCAAUCCUGCCCGGGUUGAGCUUCCACCACCAGCCGCAGGAGACCGGCGGCCCCCUUUCCUCCCCGUCCUCCUCUUUUGGGAGCACUUGGUCCACGGGAACCACAAACGCCGUGGACGACAGCUUUUUCCAAGGAAUACCCUCGGUGAACGGGACGAUGCUUUUCCAGAACUUCCCCCACCACGUCAACCCGGUCUUCGGGGGUAAUUUCUCCCCGCAGAUCGGUCUGGCUCCCCAGUCCCAGCAGCAGCAUCAACAGCAAGCCCAGCAGCAGCAGCAACCCCAGCCCCAGCCCCAGCAGAGGAGAUCCCCUGUCAGCCCCAACCAAGGUCCCUUCCCCCAGAGAAACGCAUUUCAGACCAUCAUGAAUAACAGCAAGGGAUCCUCGUCCUCGUCUUCUUCUUCCUCGUCGUCCGCUUGGAAUAAUCACCAAAACGCCGCAUGGAGCACAGCCUCCAACCCCUGGAGCGGGCUGCAGGCGGGCAGGGACCCGCGCAGAGCGGUGGGCGUCGGGGUAGGGGUCGGAGUCGGGGUCGGGGUGCCGUCACCCAUGAACCCCAUCUCCCCCAUGAAAAAACCCUAUAGUAGCAACGUCAUAGCACCCCCCAAGUUUCCAAGACCAGGUCCCCUCACCUCCAAGCCCUGGAUGGAGGACAGCGCCUUCAGGACUGACAACAGCAACAACAUACUGCCUUUCCAGGACCGGAAUCGGCCCUUUGAUGCUUUUAGCUUGCACUCUUUGGAGAAUUCCUUAAUGGAUAUGAUAAGGACUGACCAUGACAAAGGUAAACCACACCCUGCCGGUGGCCCACCAAUGACUAUCGCUGAUAUUAUAUGGAGGAAUCAUUUUGCAGGACGCAUGGGCCUCAACUUUCAUCAUCCCGGAGCCGAGCACAUAAUGCCAUUGAAUACCCGGAGCUAUGGCCGCAGAAGAGGUCGCUCCUGUCUUUUCCCCUUUGAAGACGGUUUCCUCGACGACGGUCACGGUGACCCCUCCUUGACCCCUGGCCUGAACUCGCCCACCCGCUGUCAGAACGGAGAGAGGAUGGAGCGCUACUCCAGGAAGGUGUUUGUCGGAGGCCUCCCCCCUGACAUAGACGAAGACGAAAUCACCAACAGUUUCCGUCGCUAUGGGCACCUGGUGGUAGAUUGGCCCCACAAAGCUGAGAGCAAAUCCUACUUCCCACCUAAAGGCUACGCCUUCCUGCUCUUCCAGGAAGAGACUUCUGUCCAGGCCUUGAUCGAUGCCUGCAUCGAGGAGGACGGAAAGCUCUACCUGUGCGUGUCCAGUCCCACCAUCAAAGACAAACCGGUCCAGAUCCGUCCCUGGAACCUGAGCGACAGUGACUUUGUCAUGGACGGAUCCCAGCCACUGGACCCCCGCAAGACCAUCUUUGUCGGGGGAGUGCCGCGCCCCCUGCGUGCAGUGGAGCUGGCGAUGAUCAUGGACCGGCUGUAUGGAGGUGUUUGCUACGCCGGCAUCGACACCGACCCGGAGCUCAAAUACCCAAAGGGUGCGGGCCGCGUGGCCUUCUCCAAUCAACAGAGCUACAUCGCUGCCAUCAGCGCUCGCUUCGUUCAGCUGCAACACAACGACAUCGACAAAAGGGUGGAGGUGAAGCCGUACGUCCUGGACGACCAGAUGUGCGACGAGUGCCAGGGGGCGCGUUGCGGGGGGAAGUUCGCCCCCUUCUUCUGUGCCAACGUCACCUGCCUGCAGUACUACUGCGAGUACUGCUGGGCCAGCAUCCACUCCCGAGCGGGCCGAGAGUUUCACAAGCCACUGGUGAAGGAGGGCGGCGACCGCCCUCGACAUGUGUCCUUCCGCUGGAGCUGAGGGGGGGUCCUGAGUCAGCCCUGCCCCCGGUGAACCCACACCCGACCCCUGAAAAAGAAAAAAAGAAAGCUCCUACUCUACAGGCUGGGACAGUGCUGCAACACCAAACCCCACCCCACCCCAACCACAAACCCCCCCCCCCCCCCCCCACCCCCCACACACACACACACACACACACACAUCCCCCCACUCCGCCCUGCUCCCCACAAACACCUAAUGAAAAAAAGCUAAAAGGAUACGGUAGAUGGGACUCUCUUCAUCCCACGUGGCUCUGAACUCAUUCAGUCUAUGGUUCCCCUCUGAUGAUGUAUUGUGGGGGGGGGGGGGGGGGGGGGGGGAAUGAAAUGCGAACAUCUAUCAGCUUAGAAAUUGCACUUUGGCACAAAGUCUUGCUAAACACACACACACACACACUGGAUGGGAUGCAGGACACCUGUCUCAUUUUCAGUUCCCCGUUCUGUUGACUGGGUGGUGUGGUACGUCCUGUUGGACCCCUCCUUACUGAGAAAUAGGUGGGACCAUAGGAAUAUUUAAAAAAAACGAAGAAAAAAAAAGUAUAUAUAUUUUUUGUUUUGUACUUAUCUAUAAGUGUAUAGAUAAUUUCAAUUUUAUGUAAAAGGAGCAUGCACUUAUUUUCAAAAGCUGUAGUUAUAUUGCCCCUACUAAUACACAAAAAUAAUUACCAAAGGCAAAUGAAAUUAACGCGUACAGAAAAGCUAAAUAGGUGGCAUAAGAUGUAGCAAGACUUAACAGCUAUCCAGUAGUGUGGGCCCGUAUCGCCCAGAGUAAAAAAUAACACGGCUAUAUUCACUCUCAGUUUCGACUCUGAAAAUAUUAAUACCUCAUACGCGCAAUCAGAUUAGUUUGCUUUUUUAUUUCUAGGUUCUUUAUUUUUAUAAUAACAUUAUUUUUUAGUGUUAUGUAAAAUGUAAUGCUGCAAUAGCUUUGCUGCUAAAUCCAUGGUAUAAACGGAUACCAUACGUACUUUAUUCAGGCUAGGGUGUAAAAUAAUGACUAACAGAUCAAGAGAAGCACCUGGUGUAGAAUGACGAGCUAUCAUAAGGGGGAAGGGGACGACGCCAAUGAUGAUGAUGAUGAUGAUGAUGAUGAUGAUGGCUUCCUUUUAUGGGGGUCGGGGGUGGGUCGCCCCUAACUGCAUGUUUAUUUCAAUCAGGUUGCUGCAUGCAAUAGACUUUUCAGUAUCGUGUACUUUUCGAUUCUGCCCAUGUUUGCACAAGACACUAUAGACGUAUGAUCGACUCGCACGAAACUGGACAGAAACGGGGAGGACUGGUCAAAAGGAAUCAUGGUGGCUCCACAUCGCUGGUCGGGCCGACGCUUUACACACCCAUGGGCCAUGGGGGCGGUCGAAGCAGACAGUUCCUGCACAAAACCAGGCAGUGAACACAUGCAGAUGACAGGGGGGAGGGCAAAAAAACAACCAUAAUAAUCCCAAAUCCAAUUAAAUGUAGGAUUACCAUUUUUAAAAAAAACAAAAAACUGUCUAUGGUAGGUGAAGUUCUUUUUUGCAGUGAUUGUUGAUAUAAUUGUGCAAUUUUUAUACCGUACGUAGUUAGGUCUGAGUAUGCCUAGAACUGUGAUUCGCUUUAACUGUCGUCGAUGUCCGACACAGAAGUCCUGUGAAACUUCAUAUCUAGUUAUGCACACAUAUAAAUGUUCUCUUGUACACACACUUGCACCAGUAUACACAGAAGCCUCUCGACACACACACACACACACACAUGGACGGCUGUCUUUCUUACGCACACAAACAGGCCUACAAACAGUCUGUACCGAAGAGAAGACGCAACAAUGUGAGCUUAAAACAAGUCUUUUUUCUUUAAUUUGUUCCACCGUUGACAAAAAAAAAAGCGCACGUUUACGUCUCAGAAUGCAACCAAAGAGCUCACGUGUUGGACUUGUAACAGAGCACCUAGCACGCAGGGCAAACAGUCACAUGCAGAGGGGCUGAGGGUGCAGUCAUUAGAUGGGGAAAGAGGGCAGACAGGAAGCGGAAUCAGGGCUGGGGGCGGGAUCACAUGAAACAUUGAAGCUACUGGAGACUUGAGGUUGAUAAACUGAGCUCUGCACUUGCUCUCACUGGGGUGGGGUUGGAGCGGGGGAGAACGACAUUGCCAGAACAUGCAGAUGUGCAAGCUGGGGUAACCAUAUUUAUCAAAUUUUUUUAUUUUAUUUUUCCUGCAAAGCUUGAAGUAAUGGACCUGCUUAAAAAAAAAGGUGGACAUGGCCUAUAUAUAUCUUUUUAGUUUUUAUCAAAAAGUUAUGGUGCGCAGUAAAACAGCAUUGGGUGGGUGGUGAGGGGGUGCAUUGAAAAUUAUAAAAAAAAAAGUAUUGGCUGCUGAAGACAGGGCGGCUCUGGUUUGGGGGUGUGGUGGGGUUUGGUGGGGUGGGGGCAAGUUACACUGGUUUUAGCAGUUUUGUGGACAAUCCAAACAGGAUCCUACAUCAUUGCAAGUUAAUGUAUGUCCCCUUUUUUUUUUUUUUUGUCCGUGAGUUGUGAUUGUCCCACGCUGGCGCCCCGCGGCCCCUUUCCUCUCUCAUUUUAGUCGCAAACUGAUUUUUUGUUGUUGCUUUAGAACAGACGUUUUUUUUUGUUGUCCAAGAAAGAAUUGAAACUAAGCAGAAGCUCCUUUUUUUUUUUUUUUACUGGUAGGACGGAAAAGAAGAAGAGGCUAACCAUGAGUAAUAAUAAGUAUCCCAAUGAAAGUGAAUUCUGGGUGUUUUUGUGAUAUUUCUUUCCCCACCCAGACAGGUUUGUUCCUUCUCUACGAUAGCUAUUUGUUAUGCACUACUCUUUGUAUCCGAACAGUUUUCGACGGUCAGCAGCUCUUUUUGUUAAAAGACAACGACAAAAAGAGACGAUAAAGCGUGCUUUCUGACUGACAAGAUCUUUUGCAAUACCUCAAUUUUGAAAUAUAAUAGAAGAGAAACUGAUAUUUUCUAAGUAAGUUUAUUCAGAUGACAAAAAAAAUAUAUAUUAAUUUAAUCAAGAGAAAUGAUUUAACAGAUGGUUGAUUUUCUUUUAUUUUUUAUCAUGCUUAUUUGCUUUUAUUUUAAGAAUUUAUUUUUUUUGAAAAAGACGACAACCGAAGGAGCUAGAGCUUUACAACUAAUAUGAUAAUGUAGUUAGUGAGCGUGUGGUCCACUUUGUUACAGUGGACGCAAAGCGUGAGUGUCCCACUGGUCAAAUUGGUUCGAAACAUCCGAGACGAGCUCUUUAGGAAGAAGAAAAAAGAAAAAAAAACUUACCAGGUGCUCUGAGAGAAAACUGAACAUAUUUCCCACGUUUUUUGUAUAUUUAUAAUCAAUCAUUAACUAUGCUGACCAGAGUUGUGAAAGAGAUCUUCUGUUCAUUAUUUUUUUAAGAGAAGUUUUUUAUGUUUCCUAAAAGUAUGUGCUCCCUUUUUUUUUUUUUGUUUUGUAAAAAAAAAUAAAAAUAAACGAACGUGACCCUGAUUUGUUAGCCUGACGUCGUCAGGGAUAAAAACUUAAAAAAGAGAGACUCAAAACUGGAGGUAGUGAGACAAGAAUGUUAUUUUUAACGCGAAACAGACACGUGUUUUCACCUGUAACUUGAUCGAAAGCCCCCCAAGGUGCAUCAAUUGACUGGUGGCCUUCUAUUCGCGCAAGACUUGAAUUAGUCCCGUUUUUUUUUUUUUUUUUAAAAGGCUAAGAACCUUGAUUCUUUGUUGUAAUGUGCAAUACUGUUUGUACUGUUUGUAGAAAAGAAGAAAACCAGAAAAAAAGGCAUAAAUCUUUAAUGCAGAAUUAUUUUCAUUGCAAGCAUUGUGAUUCACUAAAAUCAUUUUCUACUGUGUAUUUACCUACUCGACCUGCUAGUACCUUCCAGUAGUAAUGUAGCCUUUGUACUGAGAAAAAUUUCAUUAUUUUUUAGAAAGUUUUUGCUAAAAAGGAAAAAAGAAUUUCAAACCUAUUUUCAUUUUUAUUUCUUUUCUUAACAGGACUUAUUUCUCAACCAUUAAUAGUUAUUUCUGGGGGAGACUUUCAUAUCUCGUCAAUGUCAUUAAUAUUAUUUUGUAUUUUUACUUGGAAUAAAUUAAUUUUACGAUGCUAAUUCUUAAAAAGAUUUUUUUUUUUUUUUUUCCCCCGUUUGUUCACUUUUUUCAUUUGUUGAAGCUGAAAGGAAAAAAACUUGGUAAUAUUGUUACUAAAGUGUCUCGAUUCUUGAAACGCUAAGCUUUAUGUGUUAACUCGCGGAUGUUGCUCACAUUAGUGUGAAAAAGGAUCUUCAGAGAAAAAAAACUAUUCACAAACAGCUGAUUGGUAGUUGGUGAUGUUUAAGUGAUUCGCAAUGUAAAUGAAUGAAUGGGCAAUACAAUAAAAAUGGCAGAAUGGGCAUACACAGUAUGUUGUGAUGUAAUUGUGGAAGAUGGACUACACCACUGACCAUUUACAUAUUGCUUCUGCUACUCCCAUUCUACUACUAUACUACUACUACUACUAUACUACUACUACUAACUACUACUAACUACAACCUAUCCUCACUUUGUAAAGUGGAGAGCAACAUACAGUAUCCUCAUGUGAAAUAUUCAACAGCCAUGUCACAUCCUCGUCUUUGUAGUAGGUCCGGUCCCUCAGAGUGCACCAGUGUGAUUGUAUUUAAGUAUGAAUGUAAAUGUAGAGAUUCACUGUGUAAUAUACAAAGUUUGGAAAGAGCAUGUGUAACUGUAGAAUCUUAGUUAUCCAUAGGAGGCAAUGGGCUGAAGUGUGUCCCCCCCCCCCCCCUGACUUUUGAUUUGUUUUUUUUUGACUAUUUUCUUUUAAUUUUAAAUCCUACAUCUGCCUUAAAAAGAAUAGUUUGACAUUUUGGGAAAUAGUAUAAUUAGCCCUUCUUGCUAAGAGUUAAUGUAAAUGAGAAGAUUGACGCCGCUGUCAUGUCUUUAUGAUACAUAUGAAGCUAAAGCCAGGAAGCUUUUAGCUUAGCCUAGCAUUAGCACCCUGCUACAUAACCCCCUGUAAAACUACAGCUCGUAUCUUUUUACAGUUUUGUUUACGUGAAGAUUAAAGAAACAAGCUAUAACGUUUAAAUUAGUGAGCUUUAGAGGUGCUGUCAGGCACACUUUGGAACCGAGCCGAGCUAGCUAUUUGCACUCCGCCUCCAGUCUUUAUGCUAGGCUAAAUAUAACUAGUUGGCUGUAGCUAGCUAGUUAAAUGUGAAGCUACAGUUGGCAGCCAGUUAGCUGACUAUUUCUUGGUUGGAGAGACUUCCUGGCGUUAUGUCCAAGAGCAAGUGCUUCAUAUAACGUUAACCCAACUUGUACUUUUACACUUUUGUUUUAGUACGAAUUUAACAAACAAGAUUAAAUGUGUUAGCUGCUAAUUAGUCGACUUUAGAGGUGCUGCUAGGCUAGCUGUUGUUUCAGUGUUUAUGCUAAUCUAAGCUAACCGGCUUCAGGCAGAAGCGUCAUCGCUACACAGCCAGUGUGGCAUUUUUAUUUUCAUCCAACUCUCAAUAAGACAGUGAAUACGCAUAUUUCCCAAAAUGUUGGACAGUUUAUUUAAUUUAGGCCUAAGUGUUUUUGACGCCCCUUCCUGUUUUCAUCCAAAAAGAGACUUCAGUGCUCAUGUGAGUAUGUUAUUUCUGGCUGGCCUUUGGCUCUUUUCUACCAGUUUAUACAGCUGAUGCUAAAGUCAACCCCUCUCAUGUCUUUUAACUAGUCCAGCACUUCUUUCUCUCCCAGGGCUCUGUAAUAUUCACCAUUACACCACCAAUUAUUUAUCUAUGUCCUGGUCUUCGUUUUAUUUGUUAAUUUUGAGUUUCUCUUUCCCUUUAUACCUAAACUAUAACGCAAAAUGUAUGUGCAAAUGAAAAAGCUCAUGAUUUGGAUGAUGGCAACCAUUUUCUAUAUUCCUCUCUAUAGAUAUACGUAUGUAUUUCAUGUAAACUAGACUUGGGUAGUAUACUGUAUAUUCACUUCUGCUGGGUAGGUAAACACUGUCAGUCUCGUCAUGUUGUGAUCUCAAAAUGGAUGAAAAAAAAUAAUUGGUAAUGUACUUUUUUUUUCCCCCACAAACAUCCCGCUACUUAUGAAUUUGUUUUUAUUAAGGCACCUGUGGUUUGAUUUUCUAAGUUUUUAUUUCCCAACUUGAACACUGGAUCUAUCUAGACGAGGCUUUUUGAGAUUGUUGACUUGGUCUGAACUUUUUUUGCAGUAACUGAUUUGAAAACAUGGAGCUCAAUGCUGCUAAUGCUUACUACUGCUUCCGAGUUUGUAGUUCCCACCUUCAUUUUUCCUUUUUCUGUACUAAUAAGCAAAUCUUAUUAAACGUAGUUGUAUGA